AUGGCUUCCACUGGCAUGCAGAUUUUUGGCUUUGUCCUGGCACUGCUGGGCAUCAUGGGUGCCAUGGUAGCCACUCUUCUGCCCAACUGGAAGGUGAGCGCAGACGUGGGCUCCAACAUCAUCACAGCCAUCUCCCAGAUGCAAGGGCUUUGGAUGGACUGUACAUGGUACAGCACGGGCAUGUUUAGCUGCACUCUCAAGUACUCUGUGCUUUCACUACCUGCCUACCUGCAGACUGCCCGCACCACCAUGGUGCUGUGCUGUGUACUGGCUGCAAUGGGCCUCUGCCUGGCCACCCUGGGACUUAAAUGCACCCGUUGGGGGGGUGGCCGGCGCUCCAAAAGGCAUGCCGCAAUUGCCAGUGGUGGCUGCUUCGUGGCCGCCGGCUUCCUGUGCCUGGUGCCUGCUUCCUGGUUUACCAAUGAAGUCAUCACCAACUUCCUGGACUCCAGUGUGCCCGAGAGCAAUAAAUUCGAGCCUGGCGGUGCCGUGUACGUUGCCUUCAUAUCGGCAGGCUUCCUCUUUGUUGGGGGGUCUAUCUUCUGCAUGUCCUGCUCGGGGAAGAGGCACGGCCCUCAGGACCUGGUCCUGCUGCCUCCACCGGACAAACUGCUGCUCCAGCAGCAGCAACAACAGCUUCUUCAGCAACAGCAGCAGGAGCUCCAGCACCAAUACUGCUCCCUCUCUCCCUUAGACAAUAAGACAGGGUACAGCCUGCAAGACUAUGUGUAA